AUGCCUGUGCAGGCAUCAGUGUCGGUGAUCGAUGUCCAGGGUAACGCAGUCACCCUCCCAUCAGGCGUGGUGGCCAGCUAUGCCACCUGUGGAGGCACUACCAUUCAUGUUAUAAGACAACCUAUUGUACCCCCUGACUUCCCCAGUGUCAAUGCCACCAGUGUCCCGGGGCUUCAGGUAUCAAACAUGGAACAAUUUGAUGCUGUGGAGUGCAACUCUGGCAACACUCUUGUCAUGAGUCGGGCAUCCAAGGAAAUUGGGUCCUGGAGCACCUUGAAGCGUGUCUCUUCAGUCAGCAGCAUUGCCUUGGGGUUGUUGACUGCUGCAAUUCCUUUUACCCCCUUUGCAGGAUUUCUGCUGGAGGAAUAUUUGGAGCGCUGGGUUUCAGCUGCCCGGCCAAGUCUCUGUUAA